CUACAAAAGUUUCACUACUCCAUUUAUUAUAAAAAGAAGCAGCUGCUUAGUUUCCUGACAAUUAAUUUAGAAUCAUCUUUAUAAAAUACUUAAGCUAUCCCAAAUAGAUCUUUUAAGCCCCUCAGCUAACAAGCUUUGCAGUACAUCUACUUCAUGCCUCUACAUAACGAGAAGUGGGAAACAAGCUGGCUGGUUUAGUUAUCAGAGAUGGCGAAAGGUUCAAGAAGGCUUGUGCUGGGAUUUCUCUUCUUGCCUCUUCUCUAUGCUCUUCUCCUUCGGCUCAACCUUUCCUCUUUUCAUGCAUGGAAGAAGCAAUUAUCCCAUUGGAGCAGCAUCAGCUUUGAGUCUAGCUAUACUGACUUCCAGCAGUCAACAGCGUUUAUGAAGUUGCAGCUUCAGACAUUAGUGCGAGAAAGCGGCAGGCACGAACUGAAACAGAACGGGCUCACCUGCAUCUCCGAUCACCACUCCGACAUUUGCAUCACAGAAAACUCCGUCAGAAUAACCGCAGCUUCAACCGGUAUUACCGUUCACUUGACUGCCGGCCAAACCCUCCCUCCAUCCGCUCCCAGCCGCUUCAUCCUCCACCCCUACCCUCGCAAAAACGACCCCGACGCCAUCUCCCGAACCACCCCCGUCACCCUGCUCCCCACCCCCAGCACUCCCCCUCCCUGUUCCUUCCACUACUCCUCCCCUGCCCUUCUCUUCUCCGCCGGCGGCUUCGCGGGAAACUUCUUCCACGACAUAAACGACGUUAUCAUUCCCCUUUUCCUCACGUCCUCGCCUCUCCGCCCGGAUCUCCACCUCGUCAUCACUGAUCUCCAAUCCUACUGGUCUCUAAAAUACCAUCGCAUCCUCCGCCUCGUCUCCGCCUUCGACCCCAUCAUCAUCCAAUCUCCUUCCCGUUCCCCGUCCAAAGUCCUCUGCUUCCCCGCCGCCAUCAUCGGGCUCAAAUACCACGGCACUCUCCUCUGUAACACAACCGAACCACCCGGCGCUGUCUCAACCUCCGAUUUCCGUCGCUUCCUCCACGACUCCCUGAUCUCUGUUCCUCACCUCCCCGGCCUCGCCAAACCAGAUCAGCCCGUUCUGGUCCUCAUCUCGCGGAACAAGUCGCGUAUGUUGAUGAACGAGGAAGGGGUGAUUAGGAUAGCAAAAAAGGCGGGGUUUAAUGUGGUGGUGGCGAAACCAGAGAUGAUGAAGAGAGUAGAGCAGUUUGCUGGCUUCGUUAAUCGCUGCAAGGUUUUGAUGGGAGUGCACGGGGCGGGGCUGACGAAUAUGGUGUUCUUGCCGCCGGAGGGUAUCGUUCUGCAAAUAGUUCCGUGGGGGUUGGAAUGGGCGGCAAAAGAGUACUUCGAGCGGCCGGCUAGGCGGCUAGGGUUAAGGUACGUGGAGUACCAUAUCCAGGUGGAGGAGAGCAGUUUGUAUGACAAGUAUCCGAAGCAUCAUCCGGUGAUUUCAGAUCCAUGGUCUGUCAAUCGAAAGGGUUAUAAUGUGAGUCGGCCGGUUUUUACUGAUGGGCAGAAUUUGAGGAUUGAUCUGGAGAGGUUCAGGAAGACGGUCCUUCAGGCUCGAAGGCUCAUCUUACCGGAUAACUCCUAAAGUCGGAUUGAAGAUGCUCCUAAUUAAUAAAAAAUAAAUUAUCCCAAGAUAUUUUUAUUUUAUUAUUAUUAUUAUAAUUGAAUAUAUACUGGGAUUCGUAUAAUUUUCAAAUAUUAUACAUAGUAUUAAUCUCAGUAAAAAUUUUAUGGAAUGUUAAGCUUGUCUUGUGAUAUUUUUCAUUAAUUUAUUGGUGCAUAGUUGCCCGCAUCUUUCCUGUCACACGCAAAAAUAGGUAUUUGUCAAGAAGUGUAUAAUAUUUGAUGUGAUAAAAUUUUAUGUUCGAAUGUUCUUAAUCAUAUGCAGCCCGUUUUCGGCUGAUGUUUGUAAGUCAUAGGUUUUCAAUAAAAAUUGCUUGGAGGUCUUCCAUA